UUUUGCCCCGUUUUCCCUCAAUUCCGCCUCAUUUCCGACCGCGGCGGGAGGUGACGUCAGCUGCGAGCGCCGGAAGUGGCUUCAUCCCUUUCCGCCCGGUUCCCUCUUUCACGAUGGCGGCGGCGGCUCCGGGCGGGCCCGGGCCCGGCCCCGGUGCUGCGGGCUCGGCGGGGAGCGGAGCGGCCGGACCGGCGGCCAACGGGGCGGCGGGGGCGGCGGCCAAGAGCGGGGAGGAGCGGCUCAAGGAGAUGGAGGCCGAGAUGGCGCUGUUCGAGCAGGAGGUGCUGGGCGCCCCCGCCCCCCCCCGCGGGGGACCCGCUGACCUUGGCCGUGACCCCCCCGGUGACCCCGCCCGUCACCCCCCCGCUCCCCCCCGUCCUGCGGCCAAUCAUCGCCACCAACACCUACCAGCAGGUCCAGCAGAGCCUGGAGGCUCGAGCCGCCGCCGCCGCCACCGUUGUCACCCCCAUGGUGGCCCCACCGGUGCCAUUCGUGGGCCCAGCGGUGUCACCGCAGCGGCCACCGGUUCUGCGCCCGGCGUUUGUGCCACACGUGCUGCAGCGCUCGGGUGAGGGACAGGGGGACAUGGGGACAGACAGGGGGACAGGGGGACAUGGGGACAUCAUGGG